UGGCCAUUUUUAAAUGUCAAGCUUUUUGGUAUUCAUUUGUUGUUGACACAUAAAUAUAACAUUUUAAAAGGGUGACGGUAGUAGUCACGUGAUAUCACGACCCGGAAGAGAAACAUUAGUUCUGCUCUUCCUUCAUUACGAGUGAGUAAUAUGCUGUAAAACAGUGCAAUACAACGUCAGGUGUAUAUUCUCUGUACGUUGUGAGUCUAAAGACUUGGUUUAGGUCGGAACCUCCGUCAACAGCAGGGUCCAGCUGCGUCUCGCGCUACACAUGCUGUGAUGAUGCAUGAGAUGAGCAUGUGUGGGCUGGAUGAGAAGAACUUCUAUUGCUGCUGUCAGCUCCUCCUGCAGCAGUCAGAGCAGCUGAGAGACGGCUGGAGCUGGGAAGCAGUCCAGGGUUCAGAGGAGGGCUACCUGAAGAAGACUGCUCUCAGGUCAGUCGUCAUUGACUCCAGCUCAGUGUGGGACCAUGAAGGAUGCGGGUCAGACUCAGAGCCACACACUUCCUGUCACUCCCAGCCUGAUCAGCCGGACGAGGAAGAGGAGCAGGCUGCUGCUGUUGCCUCAGGUGAUACUGACAGCAUCAAAGGUGAUAUAGAUGAUGAAGAUGAAGAUGAUGGGGUGUGUGCGGUGUCUGAAGGCAGCAGCCAGAUGCUUCAGUACGAGUAUCACAUCCUGCUCUCCUGCAGCUACAGUACUCCUGUGCUCUAUUUCAGAGCCUUCACUCUGGAGGGGAGGAGCCUGUCCUUAGAGGAGGUGUGGAGCUCCGUCCAUCCAAACUUCAGGCUUCGACUUCAGAACAGUCCUCUGAAUACAAUCACUCUGCAGGAGCAUCCCCUGCUGGGUCAGCCUUUCUUCAUGCUCCACCCCUGUAGAACAGAGGAGUUCAUGAGGCCGGUGCUGCAGGCGGCUCAGGACCAACACAGGCCGGUGAACUACGUGUUGUCGUGGCUCAGUGUGGUGGGGCCUGUGGUGGGUCUGGACGUCCCUCUGCAGUACUCCACCCAGCUCCAUCCUGCACCCCCACCCAGCAGCGGCAAGCCAGACUGAGGCUGCUCUGCUUCACUGUCUGUCAGCAUCACUGUGGACUCUCUCAGUACGGAGGCUGGAUUAUCAACCGGCCAACUGUCCCGGCACCCCAGAUCCUCAGAGGCGCUGAAAGUGGCAAAAACUUUGUGUUCGUCUAAUUGCAAUUUUUGGCAAUAUACUAAAACACAAAAAAAAACUGAAAUAGUAACACGGGUAUCUUCUGCAUUUAACAGUCUGUGAUUGUUACCUGAUCUUGAGCCUGUGUUGUGUAGAGGGCCCCUGUGUCUUACUUUGAGUUCUUCUUUUGAUAAUAUGGCUACAUGGUGCAUAUUCUUAAACAGAUUUGGGUUUAAUGAAAUUAUCACAAAGUAGGCAGGAUGGUGUUCUAGUGCAGCUGCUCUCAACCAGUGGCCGCGGACGUAUUGCCAAAUGGUUGUAUUAAAUAAAACAAGGUAAUAUACAAAGCUCGUUAUUUAUACAGUCAAGCUGGAAAGUCUGCACAGCCCUUUCACCUCCACGUUUUAUUACAUUACAGACUUAUUCUACAAUAGAUUAAGUUCAUUUUUUGCCUCAAAUAUCUUCACACAAUAGACGAUAACGACGAAGUGAAAACAGGUUUUUAGAAAAUAUGCAAUUAAUUUCUUUAGACAACAAUAGGUUAUUUAGGGGUUACAUAUCUGUACACACCCUUAGACUAAUACUUAGUUGAUGCACCUUUGGCAGCGAUUACAGCUUCAAGGCGUCUUGGGAAAGAAGCUACGAGCUUGGCACAAUUGCUUCUGGAGAGCCCCGUCAGGUUGGAUGGGGAGCUUCGGUACACAGCCACUUUUAGCUCUUUCCACAGAUGUUCAAUUGGAUUCAGGUCUGGGCUCUGGCUGGGCCACUCAAGGACAUUCACAGACUUUCUCGUUGUCGGGUCGUUGUCAUGUUGGAAGGUGAACCUUCGCCCCAGUCUGAGUCUCAGUGUACUUAGCUGCAUUCAUCUUUCCCUCUAUCAGGACUAGUCGCCCCGUUUCCCACUGCUGAAAGACAUCCCCACAUCAUGAUGCUGCCACCGCCAUGCUUCACUGUAGGGAUGGUAUUACCCCGGUGAUGAGCGGCUGCUUCAUCUACAAAAAUGUAUUCAUGGGGCUUUUCCAUAGAAUCAAAUUCAAACAAUCUCUAAAAGAGUUCACAGUAGUACGUGUAAGUGAUACAGAAAGACAGACUUCUGCAAUAGUGUAUUUGUAUGCACUCCUGAUGUACAUACACUACAAUAUAGUAUUGUUAUGUAAUACAGUAGUACAGUAACAGCAGGCUAGCACCAUAGAAUUACUGUAUACUGUAAGCAUCAGAGCUGAAGGUGUCUGAGUACACUUACUUGAACAUACUGAUAUCGUAGCUCUUUCACCCUUUCUGAGUUGCGCUCAAAGGGUACUUUGUAUAUUUGCUUCAUGUGCAUGUCGUUUCGCUGGAGGACACGGGCAAUGGUAGAAAGGCUCACACUGUUGAUUCCUCCAAAGUCAACAUUAUUUUCCACAACUCUUUCCUGAAGUUCACGGAGUUGGAUGGCAUUGUUUUGACGGACCAUGUCCACGAUGAGAGCUUCUUGCUGUGGCGAGAACAAAGCAUUCCUUCUACCCACAUGUGGCCGUCUUGCAAUUCUACAAAAGGGAAAAUGCACUUACAAAUGUAUGCAUACAGUACAAAUGUACGUACCAAAUACUAAGAAUCUGUUACUAUUCUGUACCUGUAUUCUUCUCUCAAUGCCCUUACGAUGGUGGCCACAGAGAACCUACUCAAAUGUUGUUGCACUCUUUGUCCUGCUUCCCUCAUUGUCAAGCCAUGAACAAGAACAUGGUCUGUGACCGUUUCCCGGAUUGCAUCUGAAAUGAUGGUUCUGGUUCUUCCUCGACCUUGAUACCUCUUGACCCAUCACCUCUUACUUGUACUCUUCCACCUCCUCUUCCUCUUUAAGGUUUUGCUAAAAGAGUGGUUGAUUCGACAAAUGGGUUUAGGAAACUGAUCAUUUGGUUCAGAGAAUGGGGUUUUAGUGUUUUAGCAAUUGUUACAAGUUGUAGAAACAUCUCAAGCAGUAUCAGUGAAAACAAAAGCUCACUUUUGGGUGUCAUAUCAAAGGGUGUGCACACUUGUGUACAUAUGAUAUUUUACAUUUUGAUUUUUAAUAAAUUAGCAAAAAUGUCUGUUUUCACUGUCAUUUUGUGUAGACAGAAUAUGAACUAUCUAUUGUAGAAUAAGUCUGUAACGUAAUAAAACAUGGAGAAGGUGAAAGGGCUGUGCAGACUUUCCGGCUUGACUGUAUAUCUAAAUGUGCUCAAGAAUUCACAUGAAUACAAAACGUCAAAUUAAAAUGCAUAAUUCCAA